AAGAAGAUGGAAAGUAAUGCUGUUCUUCUGGAAUCCAAAUCCUCACCAAUCAACCUUCUGAAUGAAAUGCACCAGCUGCGUCUGCUAGGCCACCUUUGUGAUGUGACUGUGAGCGUAGAAUAUCAAGGUGUCAGGGCAGAGUUUGUUGCUCACAAAGCUGUGCUGGCAGCCACAAGCAAGUUCUUUAAAGAGGUCUUUCUUAAUGAAAAAGGCAUGGAUGGACCAAGGACCAAUGUGUUGCUGAAUGAAGUCCAGGUAGCUGACUUUGCAUCUUUUCUGGAGUUUGUUUAUACUGCCCGGGUAGAGGUGGAAGAAGAUCGGGUGCAGCGCAUGCUGGAAGUGGCUGAGAAACUGAAAUGUUUAGAUUUGUCAGAGACCUGCUUUCAGCUAAAGAAACAGAUGCUCGAAUCAGUGUUGCUGGAGUUACAAAAUUUCUCUGAGUCACAGGAUACUGACGAGGAUGGUGGGGCCCAUCCUAGCACUUUACUUGAACCAAAAACAAUAACUGAACUGCAAGGGGACGACGUGGACUAUUUUACAAAUUCUGCACUCAGAAGACCCAGGACUGGAGUGGACCUUGAGUCCCCCACCCUGAAAUUAAAGGAGAAGUUGGACAAAAAAAAAGAAGCCCUGAAGGCCCCCUGUGCCAAAAUCAGGCGGGCAAGUGGCAGAUUGGCUGGCAGAAAAGUGUUUGUAGAGAUACCCAAGAAGAAGUACACAAGGCGCCUGCGAGAGCAACAGAAGUUCGCUGAAGCUGUUGUGGAAGAGAGCCGGAUUUCCAAAGACCAGGGCAUACAUGACAAAGGUGGGGAGGAGGAGAAAGAUCAAGUGGUGAACAGUGUGAAACUAGAGGAGAAAGGGUGUGAUGGUGCUGAGGACCACCGGGAAAAAAACCUGAAUAAAUUGGAGGAGGAUAAAAAGAACCGCAGUGGCAACUUUACUUGCAGUACUUGUGAGCGAGAAUUCCUCUAUGAGAAGAGCUUUCUGAAACACAUCAAGCACAGCCACGGAAUUGCAGCUGAAAUCAUUUACCGUUGCGAAACCUGCGGCCAGACUUUUGCCAACCGGUGCAACCUCAAAAGCCACCAGCGCCACGUCCACAGCAGUGAGCGCCACUUCCCGUGUGAGCUCUGUGGUAAGAAGUUCAAGCGCAAGAAGGACGUCAAGCGGCACAUUCUGCAGGUUCAUGAGGGUGGUGGGGAGCGUCAUCACUGCCUACAAUGUGGAAAGGGUUUGAGCUCCAAAACAGCCCUGAGGCUUCAUGAAAGGACACACACAGGCGACAAGCCUUAUGGGUGCACAGAGUGUGAGGCUAAGUUUUCUCAGCCUUCGGCACUUAAAACACACAUGAGAAUCCACACAGGUGAAAAACCAUUUGUUUGUAAUGAUUGUGGAGCAAGAUUUACACAAAAUCACAUGCUUAUAUAUCAUAAAAGAUGCCAUACAGGAGAACGACCUUUCAUGUGUGAAACAUGUGGGAAGAGCUUUGCCUCCAAGGAGUAUUUGAAACACCAUAAUCGAAUCCACACUGGAUCUAAACCCUUUAAAUGUGAAGUUUGCUUCAGGACAUUUGCGCAGAGGAAUUCAUUAUAUCAGCACAUCAAAGUUCAUACAGGUGAGCGUCCAUACUGCUGUGAUCAGUGUGGCAAACAAUUCACUCAGCUCAAUGCCCUGCAACGCCAUCAUCGGAUCCACACAGGGGAGAAACCAUUCAUGUGCAAUGCUUGUGGUCGGACAUUCACUGACAAAUCUACUCUUCGGCGUCAUACCUCAAUUCAUGAUAAGAACACACCCUGGAAGUCUUUUCUUGUAGUUGUUGAAGGUGCUUCUAAGAAUGAUGAGGAUCAUAAGACUGAACUUCCUGAUGAAGAAUACGAUGGAGCUCGUCCCAAGUUAUCAGAGAAGCUGCUGUCAUUCUCUGAAAAUGGGCAUUAUCCAAGUUUGACGGCUAUUCAAGAAAGCAUGACUGCUGUGCAUGAAAAUGGAUCUCCCUCUGUAACAGACUGUAAAUUGAGACCUGCAGUGGGGUCCCAAGAAGUCCCCGUAGCCACAGCUUUGCAUGAUCUCACAGUGUUGCACACCCAGACAGACUCGCUUCAACCACCUCUUCACAGCUUGGUGAACAUGUAAUAGCACCAUCAGCUGAGUGGAGAAAUUCAGCAAGGGAAAAAUUACUUUAUACUGUGUAAACUCUUGUAGUACAGUGACCUGUAAAAGGGUGCUGUUAGAGUUCUGUAUUCUACCGAAACUAGUUGAAUCCAAGUGGAUGAAUUCAGUACUUAGCCCAUUUGUCAAAGAAAAAAACACUCUCUUUCAUGUUUUGUCUGCAUAACGUAAAGUAGGGUCCAGAUCACACAGUCAGUAUAAAAGAAAGUAAAGGUUCAGUACUGUUUGAAUCCAGAUUUCUCUUUUUUCUUCUUGGCAUAAUAUUCUGUUAGCUUCCUUUUUUAUCUCUUAUUUAACAUUGUUUUUAUAUUGUACGCAAAAGAAUGUGAAAUACUGUAGUACAAUCUUUCUCUGGGCCCAAUACUUUAUGCAAUUUUAAUGUUUUUUUUUUAAGAUAUCUCAUCUUAAACAGAUAGUAGGAAAUAUCUUACAUGUUCUUCUAAUUGUUCUUCUGAUGAAAUGUGGAAAAAUUAUUAUUUGAAUCCAACUAUGUCCCUUGGCUGUUGCAAUGAAAUCCUGGGUUCCCCUUCCCUUAUGUAGCUCUUUUGCACUUAUCAAAAAUCUGCAGCUGAUACUUUGGACAUCCUCCAGAAUCACAGCAGAAAGAGAGAAAGGGAAAAUCCCCUCUCCCCUCCUCUGCCCCCACAAUUUGGAUGUUGACUCAGCUUUGUAAAAGGAGUGGAGCACCCUUAAGUUCCUGUAAUCAAUAUAACAGACUACUUCUUGAAAGAAGCUUGAAACAGAUUUUUUAAAUAUAAUUUCACAAGCUUUGUUCUAGGGCUGAAUUCCCUCCUAGGUAAACCUUCUAGCUAUUUCUUCCUUCUUCAGUCCCUACUGGUCCGCCCAUAUGAUAGUGAUCUUAAAUAUCUGUACUACAGAGGUGAGAAAACUGAUGGUUUUCCAGAGAUGCUGCUAAACUACAAAUCAUAGUGCCAAUCCAGCAUGGGUACUAAUGAGGCUAUCUGAGAAUUGUUAUCUAGCAACAUCUAAAGAGCUAUAGGUUCCCACCUCUGUUUUAUAAAUUCUUCAUCUUAAUCACAUCCACGUAGGUGUCUUCUCACUAUCGUACAUUCUUUGCCCAGAAACCGUCUUUAGAAGGUACUGCCCUCCCACACGGUUCUUGGUUCCCCUAGAGACCUAGAGGUUCUUUCCCAGCUGCCGCUGAAAUCUAUUUACUGGUAUUUGCCUGUGGAGAAGAUUGUUUUGUAAUUUGAUUAAUUUCAUUGGCAGUAUGCUCUUAGAACAGAUUGCUCCAAAAUAUUAAAAAUGGUUUUCUCAAAGAUGGUACAUCUUGCUGUAGAUAAUUUAUUGUAAAUUGCCUUGCUUUGCCCUAUUAUAUUAACAUUUUGAAUUAAGAAAGAUAAAAUCUUCAGGUUUCUGGCAGUGGCCUGAAAUAUUCUGGAUAUAAUUUCCCUGUUUAGAUUUGCUUAUGUUUGUAUGAAACAUUUCAUCUCUUGUGGCAAGUUAAGUUAUAAUCAGGGCUGACAUUGUAAGUAAUGCAAAGCAGAUGUUUGGAUAGGAAGAACUGUUUGAAAACAUGUAGAUUUUUACAAACAGGUUUACUCAAUUAUGUUUCAGUGCCCAUAGCUCCAAAGACCAUGCAGUGUAACCAAGGUAAAGCAGUUGCCCCAAAGUAUGAAAAUAUGCCUCCUACAUCAUACAGAUUGUGGAGAUGAGAACUUUUUUAAAACUCAAAAAGCAUCAGUAGUGUGCCUUUUUACUUUUAAAAUCAGGAAAUACAGAAGUGCCAAAGCUUAUGUGAAUCUGAGAUUCCACCUAUGUCCUGAAUUUGCCAAUAUAACUCUGCAAUUUUAAUUUUUGUAUUCAGAACUUUUUAAAAACAUUAUCAGUAUGUUAAAUGCUUCUUUCAAAACCAUGCAUAUUACUGUACUCUUGGUGUUUUUCUACAUUGAGGAACUAAGGUAAGUGAAAGAGUUGGGGUUCCUUUCGCUCCCUGUGCACUCCCAAAUUUUCUUUGGAAAGUUGUGGGGAACCCACUGCAGCAUUUUUAGGAAAGAUAAGAAGAUGCAGAAGACGACAAAGUAGGGGGAAUCCCAUUCCAAGAGUGGACAUCUGCUCACGUGACAUGGAGUAUCAACCUUUUGAGGCAUGUUUUUUAUGUACCGUCCCUUUCAGAACUUGGUGCAAAUGGGUAUGUGUGUGUGUGUGUUGGGCCCUGCACCCUUUAUGACAAGAGAAUGUAAGUUGGAGGAGGGGGAGGCACAAUUGUUUUGUCUCAAGGGAGAGAAUUUUCACAGAAGUAAUCUUAGCAUGCAAACAGUUAUUUUCCUCAAGGUGUUUGUGGAUUCAGAUGGUAUUGCCUGGUGCUUUUCCUCAGUUACUUUUUGAGGUUGAUUUAUUCCUGCAUUGGAUCUGAUUUUGGAUAUUGGUUGUAUCCUUUGGGAAAGUUAAGUUUUGGAUUCAUUUAGCCAAGUGUGUCCUCCUCAAAAGUUCCUCUCUUUCUUUACAUUAAGUUCAAAAUCACUUGCAGAGGGGAGGAAUAAUUUAGGCCAUCUUUGCUAUAUUAGCUUUUCAAAAUUCUUGUCCCAGUAUUUUAUUUGUUCAGAAGGCAAAGCAAUAAAAAAGUUCCCAUAUAUAGUUUUUUUUUAGUAAACUCCGUAGUAAUAGUUUGAUGUCAAUUCUUCCAUUUUUAUUUAAUCUGGUAAAAGGGAUGUUUUUAGAAAUACUAUCCAGAGGUUAUAUUUACAUAUUUAUUUUGUAUGCCAUGUGCUCCUUUUGACUAUCGCAUUUUAAUGAGAGUCGCAAUGCAUUUGUAGAAUAUAUUUAAACCCUUAAGUACCAAUAGGUAGGGAUUUUUAUUUUAUACUGUAUAAAUAUGUGAAAGUAGAUGGAGUUGUAUAAACUGAUUGGCCUUAUUAAAAAAAAAUG